CCUGGUAAGACGCAAAGGAGUCCGAGAUCAUUAUGCCGAGCGUACGUUUGAACGUAGACAAGCGAGUCGAAAGCUCGACACCAUUUUUCGCGACUGCCAUGUCGGAACCAAGCUCGUGGAAUGAUGAGGAACCCCCUGCUCCCCCACUCUCAUUGUCCAUUGCGCUACGAGGCCUGAUGGCCGAUGCUGAGGCGCUCCACGACGGAGUGGACUUCGCUAGCUUCGUCGACAUCGCCGAGCCGCAACACCUGUCGUUCUUCCGCAGUGACCAAGCGCGAUGGAAGCGCGUCGAACGGUCGUCGGCCUUCACUCUGUUAAAACGCAGUGACGAGGUCCUGGCGCAAGCUCGAAUGGACGCAAGUGUCGAGGAGGUGGCGAGAGUCUUAGGAGCCACAACCGACCAGCUACACGCAGCUACGAUGGAAGGACUCUACGACAACGCAUUCAUCGCCGGCUCUGUAGCUUACGUCGAGCGUCCACAGGCCGACGAGAGCGACCAGGCGCUCCAGCAAUUGGCGGUGAAGACGUCGAACUUCGUGCACUCCAAGAUCCUGGGCAAGAACGAGCAAUGGUGUUUCGGUGAGACUGUGCGGGGCACACCGGACGGCGACAGCUUUACGAUCACGCAAAGCUCGCUAGAAGCUCAACAAUCUCAGUCUCUGCCAGCUCGUCAGGCGCUGAAAGCUACCAAGCGACGUGUUGCGCAGCUUCGUGACGUGAGCACAGCGUAUAUGGUGGAGCGCACGCCAGAAACGCGACGCCUGCGUAUCACUUUCCACGCCCUGUACAAGCCCGACGGUACCACCUUCGACGACGGGCCAGUCGUAGCACGCAGAGCCGCUCGCGCGCGUCUGUUACGCCUCGCACGCGGCACUUCGGAGCUUUCCCAGGUCGUCCGUCGACGUCGAUUUGGAGUCCAAGUGUUCGCAGAUCACUCGGCGUUUCACGCUCCGAACCCUCGAUGCACGUGCUGCACGCGCAAGUUCACGCCCAUCAUCAACCUCAUUUCGAGGACGCGAUGCUACCUGUGUGGAUACCACGUGUGCUUGUCCUGUUCGUCAUCCGAGAAGAUGGAGACGUACAACGGUCGCGUGGCCACGAUCGCGGUCUGCGUUCGCUGUGUCAAGAGCGUCAUCGCCUGCAACUACGACCACAUGCUGAGUGUCCGACCGGGACCCGAACGGGUGCUGCCCGAUGAAGUGUCGACGCCAUCUUCCGUCUGUACGUUCGACACUUCCAGCACGGCCGCGUCCGAGUCCUCGUGCUUCUCCGACUCGCCGUCGAGCCAAAAACUCGGAGACCUACUGACCCAAGUCGUGUGUGACGACUCGGAUCAAGUCACGCUUGCACAGCGUCGUGCUGCCUUCCUGGUGCUCGAGCAACUUCUGCUAAUUGACCAAAAACAAGACCAGAGCCAAACUGACAUGAAUGCCAAUCUUCUCAACGCUGCGAGUGACCGUCAACAGCCAACCGAAGCAGCCAAGCGAGCGAUGGACAUCUCGAAACGUCCGACGGAGCUGGACGCCUGCAAGUUCGCGAGUGCCGACUCCCGUCCGUAUCCGAUGAUGCCGGCUCUUGUCCAGAACGAAGAAGAGUCAAAGGAGGGGGAGCCAGAGCCGAUCAUCUACCCCAUUCCAGCGAACGAGGAGGUUCGCAUGGCCGCGAUUGAGAAUUUCCGCCUCCACGACGUCGCCAAUGUCUCUGAACUCAACGUGAUCUGCUCACUGGCUGCGGCAGAAAUGAAGGCCCCUCACAGCGUCGUCACACUCGUUGAACGUGAUGUGGUGACUCUGCUGGCGACCAACGCACCGGAAUACUGGGACGUCGGUACCGGUAAUCCGCGCGAGCAAACAUUCUGUCAGCACUUUGUCAUGGACGAUAAGCCGUUGCUCGUCCGUCACGCUGAGGCGGAUAUGCGGUUCUACCACAUCGCGCCCGUGACGAUGCGCAGUCUUCGGUUCUACGCUGGUUUCCCCGUGUCGAUCCCGUGUGUGCCAAGAGCUCCGGGACAGCCUGAGAGAGUCGUCAUUGGCGCCUUGUGUUGUCUUGAUGAAAAGCCCCACGAGAUGACGAGGUCGCAGUACUGGAAGCUCAUGAAACUUGCGGAAGCAGCCUCCGCCAUCCUGGAGAAGACUGCGACAGAAUACAUCGCUGACCCUGAGAAUCACCCACUCGGACAACAAAGAACCGGAGUCCUAAAGCCUAAGGGCAAUGGCACGGGAAUGGUUACUUGCUAACCGCCACAUCGAGGUCCAGUGAUGGAUGGUGCAGAAGUGCAUUGUUUUUUUUUGUUAAUGAUUUGAAUCAAUUAACGUACGAAAUCAUUCUAGAAAA